AAUGCAAAAGGCGGCUAUAAACUGGAAGACUCCAUCCCCGGAAUUCCGGGACAAAGUUAUCCAAAUUUUGACAAAAUUCCUGAAACCAGUUUUGAUUGUAGAAGGCAGAAGAACCCAGGUUACUAUGGCGAUGUUGAGUCACAAUGCCAGGUUUUCCAUGUUUGUCAAGCCGGCGGCAGGCAGAAUUCAUUCCUUUGUCCUGUUGGAACCAUUUUCAACCAGGAAAGCUUCGUGUGUGAUUGGUGGUUCAACGUCAAUUGUGGCGAGGCACCUUUCCACUACGAACGGAAUGAAAAUCUUUUUAGGGGAUCUGACAUCGGAAUAGACGGUUCAAAAAUAAAAAGAAAAGGAGAGCAAGGGAACUUCAAAGGCUCCGAUCAACCGCCAGCAGUUGGAAUUCCAACAUGGAGUACCCAAGGUGGGGAUGGUAACUGGGGUAUGAAAGGUGCAAUGAACCAAGGUGGGCAGCAAGGACCCUGGAGAAAUCAAGAAAGUUCCAACAAACCACAGGGAAGACCAAAUACAAAUGUCAGUGGAAGAGGAGGCCAAAACAAAGGAUCUGGCAGGAAUAAUGCUGGAGGCAAUUGGCAGAACACUGGAAAUCAAGGAGGGCAAAACAAAGGAUCGGGAAGAGGUAAUGUUGGAGGGAAUUGGCAAAACAGAAGAAAUCAAGGAGGUCAAAACAAAGGAUCAGGCAGAGGCAAUACUGGAGUAGGUAACUGGCAGAACAGUGGGAAUCAAGGAAGUCAGAAAGGAUUUGGAAUGACCGGUAAUAUGAAUCCUGAAUGGGGUAACCAAGGAAAUAUCCCAGGAAGAAAUAAAGGUGUUAAUAAUCAACCUAGACAAGGUAGAGGGGUCCAGAAGGGAGGCAUAUCGGGCGGUAAUAACAAAAUGCAAAGACGAAGUGGCUUGCCUCCAAAUGGUCCUGUUAAUAUUCAAGGACAAAAGGGUCAAGUUGGUGGUGGAAAUUUUGGUAUGGGGAAUCAAAUUACGAAAGGAUCUACAGAAAGAGGAGGAAGCUUCAGUGCAAACAGUUGGAGCAUGGGUGCACAAAACUUCCAGUAUUCAUUCAACGAAAAAGGGAACAGUUUGCCCAAUAAUCCUAACCUCAGAGUUGGACCACCUUCUUUGCAAGAUAAUAAUUCUUGGCAAGGAUCUGAUAACUACCAACCUGAAGGACACAUUAAAGGCGAAGAUGGUAACGGCAACUGGAAUAGUGCAGGAGAUAUCAACCAGUGGGGUAAUAGGAUUGGUCAUUUUCAAUCUGAAUUAGGAAAUAAUAAUGUGGGUGGCCAUGAUAAUUGGAAGCCCGAUUAUGAUGAAGGUAAUAGCGAUUCCCUCAAUUUUAAUGAUAAAGGUUCCUUUGAAGGACAAGCUGGCGAAAAUGACUAUGAUUACGUAUGGAAUUCUUGA